AUGGAUAACCACAAUGAACCUCAUACUAUUUCGAACUUAUCCGCUGGGUUGAAGAACGUUAACAUCGACCAUAGAGAUAAUGGCGAUAUAAAUAUGUUACAACAACAUUUAAGUUCUCAAGCACCUAUGGAACAAUCAAGAAUAGCUCAAUUUUUUAACAACCAGCCAACUGAGGGUUUCACAUUAUUUAGUCACAGAUCAGCUCCUAAUGGGUUUAAAGUGGCCAUUAUUUUAUCUGAAUUGGAUUUAAAUUACAAUACCAUCUUCUUGGAUUUCAAUAGUGGUGAACAAAGAGCUCCGGAAUUUGUGACUAUCAAUCCAAAUGCUAGAGUCCCAGCAUUAAUUGAUCAUGCUAAUGAUAACACUUCAAUAUGGGAAAGUGGUGCCAUAAUAUUUUAUUUGGUAUCGAAAUAUUUAAAUGAAAAUGGUGAAUGUAAGUUAUGGUCCAAUAAUUUAGUAGAACAGAGUGCUAUUAGUUCCUGGGUUUUCUUUCAAACUUCUGGCCAUGCUCCAAUGAUUGGUCAAGCAUUACAUUUCCGUUAUUUCCAUUCCAGUCCAGUUCCAAGUGCUGUUGAAAGAUAUACAGAUGAAGUUAGAAGAGUUUAUGGAGUAUUAGAAAUGGCAUUAGCUGAAAGACGUGAAGCUUUAAUUAUGGAUUUAGAUGUUGAAAAUGCUGCGGCUUAUUCUGCUGGUACAACUCCAUUAUCACAAUCGAGAUAUUUCGAUUAUCCAAUUUGGUUGGUGGGUGAUAGAGCAACAAUUGCUGAUUUAUCCUUUGUUCCUUGGAAUAAUGUAGUCGAUAGAAUUGGUAUAAAUCUUAAGAAUGAGUUCCCUGAAGUUUACAAAUGGACAAAAUAUAUGAUGAGAAGACCUGCUGUUAUAAGGGCUUUACGAGGUGAAUAG